AUGACAACUGCGGGACAAAUUUUACCGUUUGAUUGUGUAUUAUCCGAGGAAGAGAGCAGAGUUUUAGAGACAGUUGAUAUAUAUGUGAGCGAUGUAGAACCAAAAGAAACAGAACGAGUGAUAAAAUUUUUAGAAAAUCAUUGCCCUCGUGAUAGAGAAAUUUUAUGUCAUGCUAAAAGGAUAAAGAAAAUCUCUCACGAUAAAGGAUUUACAUUGGCAGUGUUGAUAUGUUCAGUUGAAAUAAUUACAAUGACAGAAUUAACAACAUUAAUAAAUAAUCAUAACCUUGGUUCAACACUUAAACCUCGUAUACAACAAAUAUGUAAAUAUCCUGCUAUUACGCGUACUCAAUUUGACGAAUGGAGAAAAUUAUGGCCAAUAAAUUUUCGUGAAGAUCCAAGAAGAGAAACAAAAUUUACAUUAAAAGAAAUUGAACUUAUAAAACAAUAUAUGGAAAAUGCUAUUCAAUUAUCAUCUAAUGCGAAAUCCAAAGGAGAAUUACCGAUUGGAUGUAUAUUAGUUGAUCCAAAGAAAAACAUUAUACUAUCGGAAGUUAUUGAUACUCGUAAUUCAACAAAAAAUCCACUUAGACAUGCUGUAUUAAAUUGUAUAGAUGAUAUAGCUUCCUUGGAAAGAUCAAAUUGUGUUAAAAAAUCAAACAAAAUUGAGGUUCCUCGAAAAAGAACAUUUAAUGAAGUUACUAUUGGAGAUGAUACUGGAAAAGAUGAUGUAGAAAUAAUACUCGACGAGGAAGAUUCUGCUAAACAAAGAGAAAAUGUUGAAGGGGCGUAUUUAUGUAAAGGAUAUGAUGUAUUUGUAACUCAUGAACCAUGUAUAAUGUGUUCAAUGGCACUUGUACAUUCAAGGGUUAGACGAGUAUUUUAUGGUCGUUCAAAUACGGUAUCAGGUGGUUUAGGUUCUUGCUAUAAAAUUCACACUCAUAAUUCACUUAAUCAUCAUUUUAAAUCAUUUAAAGGACUUUCACAACAUAAAAUUGAUGAUUUGCCACUAAUUGAUUGUUAA